AUGAAAAGCGAAUGCCGGGCACCAAGGAAAGACAAAGAAGGCCGGACAGCCAAUGCCGCGACGGAGGACACGGCGGAUGCACUCUUGUUGAGUGUGAGAAGCUCGCUCGAUGACUGGAUCGUGGACUCAGGGGCCUCAUUUCACUCAUGCAGUAGCAGAGACAUCAUGGAGCCAUACACCGCAGGAACGCUUUACACGGCUAGUGGAUCCAGCUCAAACAUUCUCCUGGCAGGAGCUGUCUCACAGUCACACUUGUGGCACAAUCGCUUGGGCCAUAUGAGCGAGAAAGGAAUGAAGGUACUAAAAUCCAGAGGACUUUUGCCCGAGUUUGAGUCAGUGGACGUGGGUCUCUGCGAGCAAUGCGUGCUUGGGAAGCAGAAGCGAGUGAGCUUCACGACCACCGGGAAAGCUCCAAAGACAGAAAAACUGGAGCUCGUGCACACUGACUUAUGGGGGCCAGCACCGGUGACAUCUCUUGGAGGAUCGAUGUACUACAUGACGUUCGUCGAUGACUGCACAAGAAAGGUAUGGGUGUACUUUCUGAAAAGAAAAUCCGAAGCCUUUGAUACUUUCAGGAGAUGGAGAGCACUCGUGGAGAAAGAGACAGGUCUGGAAGUGAAAUGUCUCAGAUCCGACAACGGUGGCGAGUACAACAGUGAAGCCAUCAAAGAAUACUGCGCUGAUCAUGGGAUCCGGAUGCAGAAGACGGUCCCAGGGACACCUCAACAAAAUGGCAUUGCGGAGAGGAUGAACAGAACACUGAAUGAGCAUGAGAUCGAGCGUACAGAAGAAGAGGCAGAACCAGAAUCAGAUGAACCGAUUGCUGAAAGCAGCACGCCUCUGGCACUGGGCCGAGAACCGAGGAUGAGAAGGGCCCCAGAUAG